AUGUCUCUUGUGCCGAAACAUGAGCUCACCGACGCCGCUCGUCCAUGCGUCAAACGCCGUAAACUGACGGCGUCUGCCUCCUGCAGUAGUGGAUCCCCAGAGGUCCCAUCGCCAUGCACCGCGGCGAGUUCGUCGCGGCCCAACAACACGUCCGUGUCAAGCAGCAUCACGCUCGACACGUUGCGGCCGCACUUCGAAGAACCACUGGCUACCGUCGCAGCAACGUUUGGCAUUUGUGUGACGCUGCUCAAGAAGAUUUGCCGCCGACAGGGCAUCGCCCGGUGGCCGCAUCGCCAAAUCACGGGCUUGCGCAAGAGCAUUGUUUCGAUGGAGCACGCGAUCUACUACUUUGACGGCACUCGACGCGCGUGGUACGUGGAGCAAUUGACAAGGCAGAAGACGAAACUGGCUGCACUGUUGGCGGACCCGACGACCACGAACGCUGUUCGAGUAACGGCAAAGGACGACGGCAGUCGUGAUAAACCAGACAGGGCAAGACCGACGAUAGCUCUAGUGGCUCCAUCUGCUACUGCUACUGCUGCUACUACUGCGCAUGCGUCUGGAAGGACAUUUGCCCGAAAAGGUCGAGCGCCGUCAACGCCAACGGGUCCACUUGUCGAGGCAUCGCCGUGUUAUGGUACUGCAUCAAUGGCUACGCAAGCACCGUCGGUGUGGCUCCCACCCAUCGAGUCAAACUCUACAGGCCUGUGGACCAACAAAGCUUACUACUCCCCGUCAAUGGUGGAUCACUUUCAGUGCGACGUGUCUCGUCCAACGACCAGCUCCUCGUACUACAACCACAUGGUCGACUCGACGACUUCACCUGGACGGCUACCUCCGAUACAACUUGAGCCACGAGGAAUGCUGCCUCCCAUCUCGUCGCUGGUAGGCAGGCCCCGCGACUGUCACACCUUCACGAUGUAG